AUGACCAAGAACAUUGUGCUACUUCCCGGCGACCAUGUGGGUCCCGAGGUGAUUGAUGAGGCCGUCAAGGUGUUGCAGGCCGUGUCCAAGGCCAGCGGCGUCGAGUUCCAGUUCUCCACGCAUCUGAUCGGCGGUGCCUCGAUCGAUGCCACCGGCGUUCCUCUGUCUGACGAGGCCCUGAAGGCCGCCAAGAAGGCCGACGCCGUGCUGUUGGGAGCUGUUGGCGGUCCCAAGUGGGGAACCGGCUCCGUGCGUCCUGAACAGGGACUGCUCAAGAUCAGAAAGGAGCUGAACCUGUACGCCAAUCUGCGUCCAUGCAACUUUGCUUCGGACGCCUUGUUGAAGUUGUCGCCGCUCAAGUCGGAGAUCGUCAAGGGAACGGACUUCGUUGUUGUUCGUGAGCUGGUUGGAGGAAUCUACUUUGGCGACCGUAAGGAGGACACAGGCGACGGUGUUGCCAGUGACUCCGAAACGUACUCCGUGGCUGAGGUUGAGAGAAUCACCCGGAUGGCAGCUUUCCUGGCCUUGCAAAACGACCCACCGCUUCCUGUGUGGUCGCUCGACAAGGCCAAUGUGCUGGCCUCGUCGCGUUUGUGGAGAAAGACCGUGGACAACGUCAUCUCCAAAGAGUUCCCGCAACUGACGGUGCAACACCAGCUGAUCGACUCGGCCGCCAUGAUCCUGGUCAAGUCGCCAACCAAGCUGAACGGAGUGGUGGUCACCAACAACAUGUUUGGCGACAUCAUCAGUGACGAGGCGAGCGUGAUUCCUGGUUCUUUGGGACUGCUACCAUCUGCUUCUUUGGCCUCGCUGCCAGACACCAACAAGGCGUUUGGAUUGUACGAGCCAUGCCACGGCUCUGCCCCAGAUUUGGCUCCAGGAAAAGCCAACCCUCUCGCCACGAUCUUAUCGGCAGCCAUGAUGCUCAAGCUGUCUCUGGACAUGGUUCCAGAAGGAAGAGCCAUUGAACAGGCCGUCAAGACUGUUCUGGACAACGGCAUCAUGACCGGCGACCUGGGCGGAUCAUCGUCCACUCAAGAAGUCGGCGACGCCGUCGUUCAGGAGGUGCUCAAGCUCAUCAAGAACUGA